UGGAAGUUUGUGACAGUACGACUUUUGUUUUAGCGACACUUUUAAUUAACGUAAAGAAACCGAACGGCGGGUAAAAAUAAUAUUAUUUUGUAUGUAUUAUCUUAGGAAGGCGACUGUGUAGAUAAACUUUGUAUUUCUUGAAGAAGGAGGACAGACAGGACGUAAAGUCGCCACACAUCCCUGAGUAACGAUGUUAGCGCCGAGCCUACUGGUGAACCUCUGCCCCGAAGUCCAUGAUGACCAAGUGAAUAAAGUGGACAAAUAUCUGCACCGUCUACAGCUGUCUGAUGAGACUCUGAUGGACAUAUCAAUAAGAUUUCGGCGGGAGAUGGACAAAGGUCUGUGCAGAGACACCAACCCCACAGCCGCUGUCAAGAUGCUGCCCACUUAUGUACGCUCCACCCCUGAUGGAACAGAACAAGGUGAAUUCCUGGCCCUCGACCUGGGUGGGUCCACCUUCCGAGUGCUCCUGGUUAAAGUUAUGGCUGGUGGCAAGCAAAAGGUGGAGAUGGAGAAUCAGAUUUAUGUCAUUCCGGAUCACAUCAUGAGAGGCAGCGGGUCUGAGUUAUUUGACCACAUAGCUGACUGUCUGGCUAAUUUCCUGGAAAAGAAGGGCAUAAAGGAUAAAAAGCUUCCUCUGGGCUUUACCUUCUCUUUCCCCUGUCAGCAGACCAAAUUGGAUGAGAGUGUCUUGGUGUCUUGGACCAAAGGCUUCAGGAUAAGCGGGGUAGAAGGACAGGAUGUGGUCAGCCUCCUGCGGAAAGCUGUCAAAAAACGAGGGGAUUUUGAUGUUGACAUCAUGGCAGUCAUCAAUGACACAGUGGGAGCCAUGAUGACCUGCGGGUACGAUGAUGAUCACUGUGAAAUCGGCCUCAUUGUGGGAACGGGGACCAACGCCUGCUACAUGGAGCAAAUGAGGAACCUUGAGCUGCUGGAUGGUGACGAGGGGCGGAUGUGUGUUAAUACGGAGUGGGGCGCUUUUGGAGAUGAUGGUGCCCUGGAGGAUCUGCGCACUGACAUUGACCGUGAGAUAGAUGCAGGCUCUUUGAACCCUGGAAAGCAGCUGUUUGAGAAGAUGAUCAGUGGGAUGUACAUGGGAGAACUUGUACGUCUCAUUCUGGUUAAAAUGGCCAAAGAGCAGCUGCUGUUCCAGGGCAAGAUGACAGCACAGCUUCUUACCACUGGAAGCUUCAACACCAGCUACACCUAUGACAUUGAGAAUGACAAAGAUGAAGAAGGUCUGGCGAGUGCUGAGAAGGUGCUCCGGGGCCUGGGCCUGGACCCAUCUGUGAAGGACUGCAUAGCCACUCAGAGGGUGUGUCAGAUAGUAUCUACACGAGCCGCACACUUAUGUGCUGCUACCCUAGUGGCACUGCUUCGGCAGAUCCGGGAUAACAAAGCCGCUGAGAAGCUGCGUUCUACUAUUGGAGUGGAUGGUUCUGUCUACAAAAAUCAUCCAGAGUUUCCCAGGAGGCUCCACAAGAUGGUACGACGGCUUGUGCCCGACUGUGAUGUGCGUUUUUUGAGGUCUGAAGUUGGCAGCGGGAAAGGUGCAGCCAUGGUAACAGCAGUAGCCUACCGUCUUGCCGCUCAACACGCAGAGCGUCAGGCCAUCCUUAAUACCCUGCGCUUGAGCCGCGAGCAGCUGCUGGAGGUCAAGAAGCGAAUGAGUGAGGCGAUGGUGCGAGGCCUGUCGAAACAAACCCAUGAGCAGGGGACCAUCAAGAUGCUUCCCACCUAUGUCCGGUCUACACCAGAUGGAACAGAGCAUGGCGACUUCUUGGCUUUGGACCUUGGCGGCUCCAGUUUUAGGGUGCUGCUGGUGCGAGUGCGAUGUGGAAAGAAAAGCAAAGUGGACAUGCACCAAAAGAUCUACAAUAUCCCACAGGAGACCAUGCAGGGCACAGGGGAAGAGCUCUUCAGCCAUAUUGUGGACUGCAUGAGUGACUUUCUGGAUUAUAUGGGCAUGAGAGGAGCAUCCUUACCUCUGGGAUUUACAUUCUCCUUCCCCUGUGACCAAAGCAAACUGGAUCAGGGCAUUCUUCUGAACUGGACAAAAGGCUUUAAGGCCAGCGGCUGCGUGGGACAGGAUGUAGUCACGUUGCUCAAAGAUGCUGUCCGCCGCAGAGGGGAAUUUGACUUGAACUUUGUGGCAGUGGUUAAUGACACAGUGGGAACCAUGAUGACUUGCGGCUAUGAAGAUCCCAAAUGUGAGGUGGGACUCAUUGUAGGCACAGGCACCAACAUCUGCUACAUGGAGGAAAUGGAGAACAUAGAGGUGGUCGAGGGUGAUGACGGUCGUAUGUGUGUCAAUGUGGAGUGGGGUGCAUUCGGUGACAAUGGCGAACUAGAAGACUUCUUCACCCAGUUUGAUCGCGUUGUUGACGAUUGCUCUAACAACCCCACGAAACAGAGGUAUGAGAAGAUGAUCAGUGGCAUGUACCUGGGAGAGAUAGUGAGGAACGUGCUGAUCGAUUUUACCACUAAAGGUCUGCUGUUCAGAGGCAAACUCUCCGACCGACUCAAGACCCGAGGCAUCUUUGAGACAAAGUUCCUGUCACAGAUUGAGAGCGACCGUCUAGCCAUGCGGCAGGUCCGCUCCAUUCUACAGCACCUCGGUCUCACCACCUCCACGUGUGACGACAGUGUACUUGUGAAGGAGGUGUGUAGCGUGGUCUCUCGCCGCGCAGCCCAGCUCUGCGGUGCCGGCUUAGCUGCCGUGGUCGACAAGAUACGACAGAACCGCAACCUGCAGCAGCUCUCCGUCACCGUGGGAGUAGACGGCACCCUCUAUAAGACACACCCUCAUUUCUACAGAAUCAUGCAAGAGACAUUGCAGGAUUUGGCACCACAGUGUAAGGUGGCUUUCCUCAAGUCAGAAGAUGGAAGUGGGAAGGGAGCAGCAUUGAUCACUGCUGUGGCCUGCAGGAUCAAGAGCGGAGGGCAACACUGAAUCCCUGUUGGUGCAACCCGAGCCACUACGACUGAUCUUCUGCACCAGGUUACACUGAAGAGUCAAAAACACCUUUGAUUGAAGUUCUGCAGUAAUGUUUUAAUCUGACUGAUAUCAAAUCUUAUUUUGUGUUUGUGGGUUCAACAAGCACAUGUGUGAAAUCCAUAUGUCUGCUGUGAGAUAAGAAGUGAAAUUCAGAAAUGUGCAAAAAGAGUUACACCUUUUGUGAAAUGUGACUGUUACAAGUCCGACUUAAACCCCCCCCCAGUUUCCUCUCAGCUCAUUGUUAAUAUUUUAAAAGAUGUCUGUGACCUGUGUUGAGUUUCUAGUAAAAAGCAGUAAAGGUCAAAUAUCACAAAGUGCCACACGAUAAAAAACAAAAGCACAAAAUAACAUACCAAAAAUUUAGCUGUAAGAACAUUUUAGGAAGUUAGAGCUACUAUUGGGCAACUUUCUUCUAUAAUGUUUUCAUCUUUAAAUUAAUCAUUUUUAGAAUAACACAAGAUUUGAAAAUACAUUUUUUCUCUCUGACGAGGACCAAAGAUGUAAUUAGAACCAAAGCUUGUAAUUUUAACACAGGUCAUGUGGUCUAAUGGCUGGAACAAACGUAUUCUUAUACAAUGAAAAAAGAAAGACGUGCCAUCAUGAUAACGUACAUUGAUUUGGGGUAGAUUUGAAGAGUCUGACAAAACACAGAGAGCCUUAAUUGCUGACUUGGAGGGGAAGUUAAAUGAACCACAGUGGUUAGAAUGUAAUGGGAACGAUUAGUGACACUCCUGGGACUGGGUGGUUUGUUGGACUAGAGGUUAGCUAGGGGUUUGGUUUUACUAUUUUAAGCCUUGUUUGCUUUAUUAUAUUUAUUUUUUUUCUUUGUAUUAAAUACAUUUGUUUUAUUUUUUUGGUAAAAAAGCAAAAUGGACCUUAAUCUACUGAUGGUUCCACGAAUGUGUGUAAAGAUCUGUAGCUUCAAAGAGAAAUGUCAGAUUACCAAAUCGGUUCAGUUGUGAGUAUCUGUUGCUUUCCAUAAACAACCACAUCCAGUUGUACAGUCACAACACUCAGUCUUUCUUUGUAGAACAUGAUUUUUGGAAGAUGUGUUACAAACAUUUGCACCAGCUCCAUGAAUAUCCCAAUACUGUAUCCCACUGAUUACACCAUAAUGUUUGAUUCAAAUCUUUUCUCUGUGCUCUGAAAU